AUGGGCCUUUUCGUUCUGAUCGGAGACUCCGGUGUUGGUAAAUCCAACCUUCUCAGCCGAUUCACUCGCAACGAGUUCAACCUCGAUUCCAAGUCCACCAUCGGCGUCGAAUUCGCCACGCGCUCCAUCCAGGUCGACUCCAAGACUAUCAAGGCACAGAUCUGGGAUACUGCUGGUCAGGAACGAUACCGUGCCAUUACCUCUGCCUACUACCGCGGCGCUGUAGGCGCCCUCCUCGUUUACGAUAUCAGCAAGCACCAGACGUAUGAGAACGUCACACGAUGGCUGAAGGAGCUGCGCGACCACGCCGACGCCAAUAUUGUCAUCAUGCUUGUUGGUAACAAAAGUGAUUUGCGGCACUUGAGAGCAGUUCCCACCGAAGAAGCCAAGGCGUUUGCUAGCGAAAACCACCUUUCCUUCAUCGAGACCUCUGCCCUCGAUGCCAGCAAUGUUGAACUUGCUUUUCAAAACAUUCUUACUGAAAUCUAUCGCAUCGUUUCCAGCAAAGCCCUCGACGGUGGCGAUAGCGCCCAGGCCACGAUUGGUGCCGGAACGAACAUUUCCUUGAGCAAGCCUGCGGACGAUGAUGCCUCGAAGGGUGGCAAGUGCUGCUAA